ACCCCUCCCCUUCCUUCUUCAUAUCAACAUCUAUAUAUAUAAUGGCACCACGUAUCUCACCUCAUUCUCUCUCAAUCUCUCUCUCUCGACUCUUCCAUCUCUUCUCCGAUCUCCAUCAAAACAUAACAACAAAACAUCUUUUCAUCUUCUUCCUCCGACGCCAUUAACGUUCAUAUCCCCAUUUCUUCCAUCAAAUUUGACAUUUCCAAUCAGUAAUGGGGUUCCCAGUUGGUUACACAGACCUCUUCCUCCCCAAAGUCCUCCUCCACAUCCUUACUCUUCUGGGUUUCAUCCGUAAGCUCAUUUCCUUCAUUUUCAGAUUCGUUGGUCUCGGGGAGUUUCUCGAACCCGAUUUCUCAACAGACCCGACCCGGAACGAACCAGUCACGCAGUUCCAUUCCGUUUCCGCUGUCCUCAUCCGUGAGCUCCUCCCGGUGGUGAAGUUCUCAGAGCUAGUGGAUCCGCCUGAGAGCUGUGCAGUUUGUUUGUAUGAGUUCGACGCCGGCGACGAGAUCCGGCGACUUACCAAUUGCCGACACAUAUUCCACCGGUGCUGUCUCGACCGGUGGAUGGACCAUGAUCAGAAAACUUGCCCGCUUUGUCGGACUCCAUUUAUACCCGAUGAUUUACAGGAUUCGUUUAACGAACGGUUAUGGGCGGCGUCGGGAAUCGCCGAUUACUAUGGCGAUUCAUCGCUGGUUAGUGGUUCAUAAUAUAAAUAGUGAUACAAAAUUGUUUUUAGUUUUGGUGGAUUAGCUUAGAGGAUUCAGAGAAUCUUAUGAUGUAUAUUUUGGUUCUACAAAAAGAAGAAGAGAAUCAUAUAUAAUGUAUAGACAAGAGAAUGGAUACACUUGAUGAAAAUUCUUGUUUUUAUA